GAUGCGUAUCAGAGCAAGAGCGGGUAGGUUCAGGAAUCAGGAAGAAGCUAAACCUGGUGAGCUCGUGAGCACGUAAGCAGGUUAUUGAUUGCUCCGCAGGAAAGUUGGAUUUCAGAAUGUUCAUGCGAGCCUGUACAUCUUGUAGAGGUGUAAAUAGAAUUCAAGCCUGCAGAUUCGAUCGUCCAAUCUCGGCAUCGCACAGCCUGCGAGCAUACAUUCCAGCAGCUGGACAUCGAUUGUUCUCGAGCUCAGACACUAUGGCAGCGGAAGCACCACGAUUGAACUGUAUGGGGAAGCCGGUCGAUGCACCGGAGGCAACGAAUUCAGUCGUCCGACCGGUGUCCAAUGCUGAGAAACAAGCUCGAGUUCGAGAGCUGAUGUCCGCAAGCUCAGGUAAUAGUUGGGAUGAAUGCUGGAAGGAGGGCAUGACUCCGUGGGAUGUGGGCGGAGUGACUCCAGUCAUUCAGCAUCUUGUGGAGCAGGGUGAGUUGCCCCAGGGCAGAGCUCUCGUUCCAGGUUGUGGUUCCGGGUACGACGUCUUGGCUUUGGCCAGCGAAUUUCGGCAAGUUGUAGGUCUGGACAUUUCGGAGACAGCCAGCAGUCAGGCGAAGAAGAAUGCAGAGCAGCACCCUCGAGGAAAAUGGGUGCAGUUCAUCGUCGAUGACUUCUUCACGUACACCCCCGAGAGCCCAUUCAAUCUCAUUUUUGAUUACACAUUCUUCUGCGCCCUAGAGCCGGAAUUAAGACCAAAGUGGGCCUCGAAAAUGGCUGAAUUACUAUCUUCCGACGGCGAGCUCCUUACCCUCAUGUUCCCCAUCGAUGACUUCGCUGGAGGGCCCCCUUUUGCUCUUUCAGUGGAGGCCUAUGAGAAGGUGCUGAUUCCCCAAGGGUUGAUGUUGGUUUCUUGUGAGGAGAACGAGUUCAGUGUGCCAGCUCGCAAGGGUAAGGAGAAAAUUGCGCGCUGGAAGAAAAGCUCGUCGAAAAUGUGAAGGUAAAUACUCGAAUUCUGGUGGAGUGAUUCGAUCAGGGUUCCUGACAUGUGAAGCCUAGGAUGAUCACUUACUUCGUUCACUUGAUAAAGUUAGUGACCAUAGUUCCGAGCACUAUCAGCGAUAGCAUGAAAUCCAGAUGUGAAGUGCUGAUCCACAGCCUGAUGUUUCGCUAUUCCUUGGCAACUGUCCUCGCCACAGAAUAUGUGCAGCUUCUCCUCUUGUAGCAGCUUCAGAUUCAAUCACAUGGAGCAGUCAGGUUCCGAGUUGGGAUUAAGAAUCGUCCACUUGAGUAUUGAGUAGGAUCGAAUUAAAGUGUAAUGUUAAAACCGAACAAGUAAAAUCACAGAGCCACGGCCACUGCUGUGUUCAUAGAACGAUGCAAUCCGGAAGUACAUUCUUCUUCUGCC